UAUGGUAACCUCUUGAGUAAACAUUGGUAGUGUGGCAUCACUUUAAGUAACAGCUGAUGUUUGUUCCAAAACAGAAAAGUGACGGCAUACUGGCUUUGUAUGCAGACAAAGGCUUUUAAGUGAAUAAUUUUUUUGAAGAUUUAAAAACAAUACCAUUCAAAUUUAUUGUAUUUGAAAAUGUUUUCACGAAAAAAACCAGAGCCUGCUAAGAAUCGAAAGCAUGACUUAUCUCAGUUUGGUUUAAUGGAAAUUCCGGACGAUUUUGAUCCAUCUGUAGGAUAUGGAGCGGAUGAUGGCGGUGAUAGCGAUUUGGAAGCAGAACUUGCAGCAAUUUCUAGUGGUGGAAAUAAGCCUAGACCUAAGGCAAAACCGAAAACUCUGAUGCCAUCUUCAGAUUUAGACAGGAUGAUUGCAGACAGUUUAAAAGAUAUUAGUGAUGGUGAUGAUGAUGAUUUAGAAACAGAUACAGAUUUGUUGGGUGAAUUAGAAAAUAUUACAGGAGUCGAUGUCAAUGUCGAUAUGGAAGCUAAUAUAGUUCCAACAACUACUACUCCAGAAGAACCUCCAUCUUUGUUACUACCAACAACUGCUGAUGAUACUGUAUCAAUUUUAAAGCAUCGUAUUGAGAUAUAUAAGCAAGCAGAAACUGAUGCAAAAGCUGCUGGCGAAUCUGCAAAGGCGCGUCGUUUUGGACGUGGGCUUAAAACGCUUGCAGAUUUGUUAAAACAAGCAAAUGCAGGGAAAACUAUUGAUUCAAAUGAUAUUCCACCGGAAAUAAAGGUUAAAACAAAAGAAACACCAAAUGCAAGCAACGAAUCUGAAAAUACAACACCAACGUCUCCUCUAGUAGAUGAUCGGCCUAAAGUACCUUCACGUGUUGCACCCGCACCACCUGUGUCUACAGUUGUGUCUGAAUCUCCAGUUAGUAAUACUACAGAAAUUAACGAUGCUGUCAACGGGGAGAAUCCUUUGCUUGAACAGAUGCGCGUACGACAACAAGAAUAUAAAUCUGCGGCAUUGAAGGCUAAACGCAAUAAUGACAAGACAACAGCGCUUCAAUUUUUAAGUGUUGUCAAGCAAUUUGAUAUUGUCAUUAAAAUGUGUUUAGAUGGGAAAGAAGUAGAUCUAAGUGAUAUGCCACCGCCACCAGAUCAAUUUAUGGAAUUUUUGGCGAAAAUGCAAAAUAGUUCGGCGAAUGAGGAUACAUCAGAACCUACGACUGCAAGCGUAGGUGCCGAACCUGUUUCACCAGUAGAAACUGAAGUCGCGAAUUCAGCUGUUACAAUGCUGGAAGCUUUGCAGCAGCGCUUGGACAAAUAUAAAGCCGUUGAAGAAUCAGCUAAAACUGAAGGUAAUGCAAGUAAGUCCCGUCGUUUCGGCCGUAUCGUGAAACAAUACGAAGAUGCUAUUAAACAAUAUAAAUCUGGACGCGUGGUAGCAUUUGAUGAGUUACCAAUCCCACCCGGGUUUGGUCCAUUACCUACGGAAAAUGGAGCACCUUCCGCAACCGUAUUACCACCACCAUCUAAACCAACAACACCAUCGCCUUCGUCGUCUUCUAUACACACAACACCGACUACUUCGCCUAGUACAGCACCUAAAAGACCUUCCCCACAGAAACAAGAGUUGACUACUCGCACUUCAGGCAAUCAGCAGAAAAAUAAUUUAGCUGAACAACAAAUGAAAACGCUGCUGGAGCGACAAAAUGAGUUCAAAGUAGCUGCAAUUGAGGCAAAGAAAGCAGGUGAACUGGAACAAGCUAAGGAGUAUCUGAAAAUAUUUAAAGGUUUUGAAAAAUUAUUAAAUGCUGCUAGUAGUGGUUUGCCUGUAGAUCUAAACACACUGCCAUUGCCACCCUCUCAGCGUGAAAAUCUCGAAGCAUCCUUCGCAAUAGUAACUACAGAUGAAUGUGAUCCCGAUGAAGAUAUUUCAGAUAUUGGUAUGCGCAUUGAAGAACAAUUGGUGAAACAGUUAAUGAUGUGUAAAAAUACACGAGACCACCAUAAAGCAAUGGGAGAUGUUGCUGGUAUGAAUCGAUUUGAAAACCUAGCAGUUACUGUGCAGAAAGAUUUGGAUUUAGUACGUUAUUCUAAACGCAAAAAUUUUCCACUACCAAAAUUUCACUACGAAAAACGUAGCUUCAAUAUUGUCCACUGCAACACUGAUUUAACCGAUUGCGAAUUAGAAAUCGUUAUUGUACGUGGGAUGAACUAUAAUGUAACGAAUCCGAAAGAUGUAGAUACCUAUGUUAAAAUAGAAUUUCCAUUGUUAAAUGAUGAGAUGUUUAAGACAAAAACUACAUUGAUAAAAGAUACCGACAGUCCGGACUAUGAUCAACGUUUUAAAGUGGAUAUACAAAGAAAUAAUCGGCAAUUUCAACGAAUUUUUAAGCGGCAUGGGGUUAAAUUCGAAGUAUACUCACGUGGCAUUGCAUUUGAAUUCGUAAAAAAUUAACUGUGUACAUCCUAUUAUACUAAAAUUAAUGUAAGUUUCGAAGAGAAAUUGAAGGACUCUGAAAUGUGUCCUCUUUUGUGCCUGUUAGUUUUAAGGUAUAAAGUUUUCAUUUAACAAAUAUCGGUUCUUUUUAUAAAAUGUACGCUUUUACUAAAUAUACUAAAACUUAUUAUAUAGUAUGAAUUAUAUUAGUCAUGCUAUCAGAUUGAUUUGCAAUAAAUACCGUUAUUUUAAGAUUAUAUCUGUGUUACACUGACGUUAUUGUGAUCUAUAACUGGCGAUCUUCAGGCGAGCUAACACUGGAUAGAUAAUAUAUACAUUAAUUGUCAGAUUGUUAGUAUAUCUUUGCUUUAUAUCGGAAAUUAUAACGGAAAUUUAUAAGUGGAGUUUGGGUUCAUAUUCGUAAUUAAAUCUUUAACAGCUACGAACGAAUGUUCUCGAAUUUUUAAUAAAAUUUAAAGAAACAAAUUUAAUAAAACUAAUUCGAAGUGUGACCAUCUUGAUAGAUUGCUUCAAAACAAGUCCGUGUUCAUAUAGGUAUUUAAAAGAUCUAUAUAUAAAUAUAUUUAUAUAUAUGUAUAUAUAUAUAUAAAAGCCCAAAAAAAUUUUCAGAUUGUAAAAUAAUGAUAUACUUCUUGGAAUUUAGUCAACAGCCCAGGAGGAAGAAACAAUGACAAUAAACAUGUUUAAUUCUUCCUGACAAAUUCUUCUUGCGUUCUCAGAAAAGUUGAUCUCCAAUUUAUCGGUAUUGUAGUUUGAUUCAGUUUAUAUUCCUAACAUUAGAUUAGAUUAGAUUUUUCACUCUUGAAAGAAAAGAAAAUUUGCUUAUUACAUCAAGAAUUUGAAGGUUUAUUUAAGUUUAUCAUAUUUAAUUAUUAAUGACAAAUAUACUACUACAUUUAGAUGAUGAAAAUUGUGUUAAUUUGAUUGAUAUUUAUAUUUUGAAUACUAAUUUUUGCGAUUAUUUCAUAUUUUAUAUAAUUUGCUUACUAUGAAAAAUUGAUUUAUUUAACACAUAAAUUUCAUUAAAUUCUAACGAUCUUGCUGCAUUUUGCAUUAAUGCGACUUUAAUCAAAUUAAUUUUAAAUAUAAAAACGCAAACACAAAAACAAAACAAAAAACAAAAAACAAAAAACAAAAAAAAAUAGAUGCAGUAUAGAUUGUUGUGGAUUAAGUCGAAAACUGCCAUCCUGUUGUUUCAGCGGGUUUCUGCGCUCAGACAUUCUCAUCGGCACGGUUAACGUUAAGCUACAACCAUUGGAGACGAAAUGUGACAUCCACGAUACAUUCGAUGUAAGUAAUGAUGUUUUUCUGUAUGUGUACCACAUAUUUCAAAUGAUUUUAAAUGUUUUCUUUUGUGUCUAUAGUUAAUGGAGGGGCGCAAAACCGUCGGUGGCAAGUUGGAAAUAAAGUUACGUGUACGGAAUCCAAUACUUACGAAGCAAAUAGAGCAUAUUAAUGAA